GAAUGUGGAGGCUGGAGGUGCGUCACAACGCCCUGCUCGACGUGCCAGAAAAGGCCUUCUAUGGCGUCGAGCGCUCCCUGUGGGAACUUGAUCUCCAAUACAACGACCUCACUCGACUCCCCAGAGACGCCCUCAGGAGGCUACAGAAGCUCAAGACGCUAGACCUCACAGGCAACUACAUAUCGGACCUGACGGUGGAGGACUUCGAGGGUUACGAGUCGUCGCUACAGACGCUGGUGCUGGCUGAGAACUCUCUCACAACUCUCCCUCAAGGCAUCUUCGCUACCCUCGAGAACCUGCGCACCCUCAACCUUCGUGGCAACAAUAUCAUGUUUAUCAACAGCAAGGCUUUCCAGAGGUCGUCAAGCCAGCUGGCUCACAUCAACCUGGGCAACAACUUACUUCCAGCCAUCCCCUUUGAGGCCAUGACUGAGGUGCGCAACCUGCAGACUCUCAACCUGGCGAGGAACCGCAUCACACUAACCUUCGAGGUCCUCUUCACCGGCUCUCUCUCUAUGGACACUCUCGUUCUCGACUUCAACCAGAUCGAGACCCUCCCUCCCUACUCCUUCCAGAACUUCGGGACUGUAAACCGCACUUCGCUCAGAGGCAAUCCCCUCACUCACAUCAGCGACGACGCCUUCAAAGACGCUAAAAUCAAAGAGCUGUAUCUCCAUGACUCUGAUCUGUGGAGCAUCUCCGACAACGCAUUCCGAGGGCUUGAGUCAACGCUGCAGACGCUGGAUCUCAGCUACAAUAACCUGUCUUUCAUCCCCGCUCAGGCCUUCGACAGGCUUGAUGCCCUGCGUUCCCUGUCUCUGAGCAACAACAGGAUGUCUCUAGACCCAGCUGAGGCCUUCAAUGGGGUCCGGAACACCCUGCAGUACCUCAACCUUCUAGGGGACAACAUGGGGCCUAUUCCCAUGGAUAAGUUGAAAGAGAUGAGAAACGUCCGAACUCUUGGCUUGAGCACUCUUCCAGAUAAGUCCCUCUCCAAGGAAGACUUCAAAGGCUUCGGUCCAGCGGUCGAGAAGCUUUACCUCAUGAAGAAUGGCAUCACAGGAAUAUCCAGCAAUGCCUUUGAGCACGUCCCUGGGGUUAAGAUCUUGGAUCUCUCCAACAACAGAAUUGGGUCUAUUGACAACGAAGCUUUCGUCAACAUAGGAGGUGGCCUAGAAGAACUUCGCUUCAGUUCUGGGCUCUCGAUGAGUCAGUUGCCGUCACAACCUAUGCAGUACCUGGUCAACCUGGGAGAACUUGACCUCAGCAACAACGCCCUUACUAAGGUCGGCAGCGAAUGCUUUAGCUACAUGCGACGACUCAGGAACCUCAACAUUCAGGAUAACAAGAUCGAUUCCUUAAGCCGCAACCACUUUCAGGGCCAGUAUCACCCAUACCUCGAGUCCAUCCAGCUUUCUUUCAACUCCAUCAAGAAGAUCGAGUCUCAAACUUUCCACGAGUAUAAGAACUUGAAAUAUCUCUACCUGGAUGAUAACCAGAUCAGCAAGAUUGAGAGAUCGGGCUUUUCAAAUCUAGAAAGCCUGGAAUACCUAGAUUUAGAAGGGAAUAAUAUUAGACUUUUAGAAUACGAAGCCUUCCAAAAUAUGCCUAAGCUCCGAUACCUCGAUCUGUCCUUUAACGAGAUGACCAACCUGAACCUCGAUGCAUUCGACCAGGUGGGGACACUGUCGACACUGACAAUCGACGCCAGCCACAAUAGGAUCCCCAACCUGAAGCUCAAUGGCUCCAUGUGGAACUCCUACUCCAGCAUUAAGAUGAUCGACUUUAGCCAUAACAAUAUCAGCUGGAUAUCCCACGAUUACUUUGAGUCGGUGAGGUCGUCCAUCGUGCACUUGUGGUUCCAUCACAACAAUCUCAGGAAUAUCAGUGCCAGUGUUUUCUCCAACUUUCCUCAACUUCAGCUACUCGACUUCUCCCACAAUCACAUCAGGGAAAUUGACCACAAUUCUUUCCGUGAUACCCGCCGUCUGCAGUACAUUAAUCUCCGACAAAACCACCUAGCCGCCCUCCCCACAACACUCUUCGAGAACCAUCACCGUCUGCGCCACUUCGAAGUGUCCUUCAAUGAGCUCCGUGGAAUUCCAGAGAGCCUCUUCAAGACUGCGCCGCUGGAGAUCUUCGUCGCUCGCCAUAACCGCUUCACCAAAUUCCCCGACUCCAGUCUCCAGCGGUGUGCCGAGAGCAUCCGGGUCAUAGACAUGGCCUUCAACGAGAUCUCGUCUCUCACGGACUCUAUGCUGGGACGCUUCGACAACCUGGUAUCGCUCGACGUCUCCCAUAACCACAUUAAGACCCUCGAGUCUCAAGCCUUCCGUGGUACUUGGCACCUCACAGUUCUGGACGUCUCACACAACCCUGUCAAGGACUUGCAGGGCUUCACAUUCGACGGACUUCAGGACUCCUUGAUGAACCUGAGCGUUGCCAACACCUCCAUCAGCGCCGUCCCCGACUUCGACCUCCCGCGCCUCAUGCACCUCAACAUCUCUCACAACAUACUCUCCUUCCUCCCCUCCGUCACCAUGGCCAACCUCUCCUCCGUCAGAGUGCUGGACAUCUCCUACAACGAGCUGCCAGCACCGGCCAACAACGCCUGGCAGAUGCUGCCCCGCCUGCGGGAGCUCUACAUGCAGAGGAACCCGAUCAGGACUCUCACCAACGACUCCUUCAUCGCCCUCGAACGGCUCGAGGUUCUUGACAUCAGAGAUUUCCCACUCCAGGUCUUUGAGGCUGGCUGCCUGGCCUCGCUGACCUCCCUCAGGAGACUGUACAUGACCACCCAUCCUAACAUGCCCAAGUUCAACCUUGCCAAGGCCCUCCACUACGUUCCCUCGCUCCAGCAGCUCAACCUCGAGGUGGACGGAACGCUGGACAAGCAACUACUCAAGUACGAGCUGCCCUACAGACUCACCAACAUCACCCUGAUGGGGCCGCGCAUGCGACAGAUCUCUCCCACCGCCCUCCAGGAGCUGAGAGCGAGGGAGUUACAACUGACCUUCUAUCAGACAAGAAUGGAGGAGGUGCCCAGUGAUGUCUUCAGGAACCUGGGCAGAGUGAAGUUCGUGGCGGUAUCAGCGGUCAACAACUCCAUGAAGAAGCUCGGGGAGCCCUCCAACACGGGCUACCCCGGGGCGCCCCACUCUGUCUUCCUCACUGACCUCCGCAUGCAUGACAACAAGUGGAACUGCGACUGUGGCAUUGGAUGGAUUGAAGAUUGGCUGAAAAAAUGGCGGCAGUCAGUGUGUGUGGACAAGGGUCGACUGGAAGAGUACCUUCGUUGUCAAGAUACUGUCCACCGACUCCGCCAGACGCCCUGCAGCGACAAGAAGAAUAAGUCCAUCAUGGAGGCCCUCAAGACGGACUUGGAGUGUGGCUCAACGGGAGGCGCGUCCUUGCCAAUCUUGUCCGCUCUCUUGCUAGUGGUCCCUUUCGUUCUGAGGGCGCCUUAAUUACUAGGAGGCGCAGAGGGACGGGGCCCGAGCGUAUCGGUCUUUCGUCCAAGGUUGUAUUAGAGUCAGGUUCCUUAGCCAACAAGUUCGUCGAGAAUGUAUCUGAGACGCCCGUAGGUACCUCUCCAGCAGCUGAAGAUCACCUUGGAUACGAAUCAGUGCUCGCAGUGAUAACUCUAGGAAGAUGGCACAGUACAUAUAAGACACCAAGAAUAUCACCCGCCGAUUGAAGAACAAUUUGAACUUGGGGUCAGCACCUUCCGAGAACUGAUUCCAUAACCUAACCCUCCAAGGACACCCAUCACCGCAGCAAGACCUGGUACAGAAUACAGUGAAGCAAAACUUUCAAUCUCUUGAGAGUUUCAGAAGAAAGCCGAAGAUUACGAAGUUCAAAAGCCGUCGACACGACCAAAAUUGACUUCGACACAUCAGCCACAGGUCCCAGUUAGACUCCUGAUUUCGAGCCAAGUCUGAAGAAUCUUGCUUCCCAAUACUGCCAUCAAAAUCUUAUAUUAGAAAAGUUUUAAUCCCAAUGCAGUCUCAAAGAAGGGCCCGAGAGACGUGUUGUUAUCUCUCUUAAAGAAGGCUAACGUGAGUCUAGAAGAUGGAAUCCAAACAUCGGGGGCGUCAUCUCCCAAAAUGCCAGACUGUAAUGCUACCUCUGAAGAAGAAUGCUGGGAUAAUAUAGGAAAGACAAACGAAGAGAUAGAGUUCCCUUUUUUUAUGUUCAAAGCUUAUUCCCCCAGUCUUCAGAAACGUAGAUUGCAGCGAACGCAACAGAGCAGUGGGAGUGGGAGCAAAGUGGCAGCAGAGCAUCGAUAUAGCACCGCACGAAGAAAAACAGUUAAGAUUAUCUGAGAUUAAAGAAAUCUAAAGAGCAUUGAGAGACAGGGAACUGAAGCCUGAUUUGUACUUUGUACUAUCAGGCAAUCUCAAACGACACGCACACUAGUCGAGCUACAUACAGCCUGGUCACUGCCAAGGACCUGGUCGCUACCAAGGACCAGGGGCCAGAUUCAUGAAAGCACUUACGCAAGCACUUACGAACGUGUACAUCUUUCCUCAAUCUUUGACGGCUUUCGUUACA